GCUAAGGCCAACUAAAUUAAAGCCUUGUGAGAAGGUCAAGAGAGGUCGAUCACCUUGAGAUUCUGAGUCUUACGCCGAAUACCGAAUUCACUCGCCGAAGCCACAACAGCCUAAACUGGACUCAAUUGACAUAGGAAAUACAGACACGCGCCUUUGCAGCAUGUCAUCUGAUUCUACACCUCCUCCAGGUGUCCCCGCUGGAACGCCAAGUGCUUCAAAUGCAGAAAUCAAGAACGACCCUGCAAAAACCGGGUUUUCUCCAGAGAUCUCAUGGUGGAUGAACUACUUCAAGAUGCUCUCGGGCCAAAUGACACCCGAGGGCAAAUUCUUCUUCCGAGAGUAUACAACAGAAAUCGAGGAAGAAAAAGACUGCAAAGCUUGUGAGAGAGACCGCGACUGGCUCUUUACCUAUUCACCCGUCGUUCGCUUCAUGUCUGAGAAGAUCCAGGCCCUCAAUGGACGAAUAGACCCUUCCAAUGUUCACUGCCGCCGCUGUCCCUCCUCUCUGAGGGCUGAUGGCUCUGUCAACUGGCAAUCUGGUGGUUUUAGCCCCAAUCAUGGCAUCCUCAUAUGUGCCAACCACAUCAAGAACCGAAAGCAUCUCGAGGAUACGCUUGCACAUGAGAUGGUGCAUGCCUGGGACUAUGUUCGAUGGAAGAAUGUCGACUUUAUGGGUCAAAAGGACUUGAAGCACGCCGCAUGCACAGAGAUCCGAGCUUCAAUGCUCAGUGGCGAGUGCAGAUGGACAAAAGAGGCCUUUGUUCGAGGCAAUUGGAGAUUGACGCAGCAAUUCCAAAAUUGCGUCCGCAGACGAGCCAUUGAUUCCGUCACGGCCAGAUCCACAUGCAAGGACGACGUCCAAGCAACCAAGGUUGUCAACCAGGUUUGGGAUUCUUGCUUCGCAGACACGCGGCCAUUCGAUGAGGUUUAUCGAUGAUUGCUAGCAGUCUGCCCUCCAUAUGAAAAUGUGUACGAUAUCUAAGACGGGCGAGAGGCGCCUUUAAUGAAAUGUAUGAUGCCUUUCUGCUGUAUACCACAAUACUAUCAAUGAUACCCUUGAACACGCUGGAGCAAUUCUUGUAUUCGUUUUAAUGAUUGUUGGAAUGACGCCACAAAAGAAAAUCCCGUACUCCGGCUGAUGCAAACGGUCAGGUUCCGUCCUUGACUAUUAGAAAAUCAGUCAAUCAAUUGCCGAUAAACGCCUUUCAACCGUUAUCCAUUCAUAUUAUUUGUCGUUAUAUCAUUAUUGCCCCUUCUCGCGGUUAGAAGCACGCUCACCCUUGACGCAGUGCUUGAUGAUCCAGGGGUGUUGCUGAAUCUGCUCAAGAGGAAUUCGCUUCUCAGGGUCCAACACCAGGAGCUUCAUCCAUGUCAGUACGGCGAUACAGAAAUCUUUGGGGCUGCAUACCUUCUUGAUGAGGUCAGUAGCCUCAGGACUGACCCAUGAAGGAAUCGACAUGUCAGCACGAGCAAUCCUUCGUUGAGUCAUCACUGGCGUAUCCUCGAAGGGCGCUUCACCCACGAGGAACUCAUACGUCAGGACGCCCAAACUCCACAGGUCAACCUUCUCGUUGUAAAAGUUGUCAGAGGUACCGGGCUUGAUCAUCUCAGGAGGGAGGUAGUCAAGAGUACCACACAUGGUCUUCCUUCGGUUGUUGGGAGCGUGCACACUCCAUCCGAAAUCUGAGAUUUUGAUCUCACCAUGGAUGCCAACCAAGAUGUUCUCAGGCUUGAUGUCCCGAUGGAUGACAUGCUUUCGAUGCAGGUAUCGCAAUGCCGAUGCCAUCUGGGCGAUGUACUGGGCUGCCUUCCACUCGGGGAACCGGCUCUCUUUUCGGAGGUGUUUGUACAGUUCACCCUUGCCAGCGAAUUCGAGAAUCAAAAAUACUCGCUUGCUAUCGUGGAAGUGGCCGUAGAGUUGAAGAAUGUUGGGGUGUCUCAGGUUGCUUUGAAUCUCGAUCUCUCGGCGAACCUGCUUCUCAACACGACCUGCUUGCAAUUCAUUCUUGUGGAGGACCUUGAGGGCGCAGAUGAAGCCAGUUGUUCUUUCUCGAGCAAGGUACACUCGUCCAAACUUGCCCUUGCCUAGAGGCCGACCAAUCUCGAACAUGCCGAGGUGGAACUGCUUAGGGACGCUGAUUUGCUCUGGCAGUGUGACUGAUUUUCGUUCAUCUUGAGCUUCAUCCGACGUCCUUGAGGAAGAUGGAAGUGCUUUUCUUGUAGGAGAUGGAGGCGCGUUGUUGACUUUUCGUUGAGCAGCCUGAGAUGGCAGCAUCACAGCGGCGUUGGUAUUGCUGCUUUGCGACUGGAGGGCGACUUUGAAGAGGUUGGGUCGAGAGGCUCCAUGUAUACUUUGUGAUGUGGUAGAUGAGACCAUAGUCUACCUAUGUCAGUGAUCAAACCAUGAUCGAGCGGUCAAAGGAAACACACCUUUGUCUUGCUGUAGAGCUUAGAGCCGUCGCCAAGGGGAUCAUUCUCAUCGUUGACGGACAUGCGCUCGAAGCGCGCCUCAAUUGUACGGGUAGCCAUUAUUGAGAGCAAGGGCGGGAUGGGCUGUUGAUGUUAGUGAAAGACGAACGAAGAGAUGAAGAAAGACGAUGGAGGUUUGCCUUUUUGAACGGUUCCGAUGCGGUCAGUCAGGUCGUUGGCUGGGGUUAGAAACCGGCUAGUAUAAACAUCUGGUUGCCGAGCAACUGAUGCCGGGGGCUGCUAGAAAUCUGGGGCGAGCUUGAGAUCGGACCACCACAGAAGCUGAAGGUUAUUGCACAAUUGCCUUUUUUAUGAAAUAUUCAGAUCAUGCAGUUACUGAGCUGUAUCGAGACAAGAGCUUUGCCAGGCUGGUGAUUGCUGGUCAUUGGUUUUAAGGACCGACUUCAACACCCCGGCAGUGAGAUCUCUCUUGCACCCUCACUCAAAAUUCCAGGCCGAUCAUUGCCAUUUCGAUCAUUUGUUCGUUCUUGCAUACGUGCAAGAAGUGCCCCUACGUGAGGUGUCGAUGUAUCUAUCGACAGAUAGAUUAGACACUCACUUUUUGAGAGAUGAUAAACGUGAAAAAAUCGACCUAUAAGGAGAUAUCUAUGAGUUUCGUCUUGGGGGAAUGAGACGACUUAUACGGGGUAUAUCACCAGAUACUCACUCGACAAGCAACACAACUUGUUAGCAUAAUUGGUAUCCAUUAUCAAAGCCACUCGCUUCAUCCAGUACCAAG